ACUUUUUAAAAUCUUUCCCCCCGUUCGUCCUGUUUUCACAGAGCCAUGGACCUCACGGCAGAGUGUCAUUGAAGCCACUAACAACAUUUUCUGACUUUUGAACCAGUCUGAAGUGUUCUAAGUUUUCUUCCAAGGGAAUUGCUCCCAGACUUUGAUUGCCACAGUGUCCAGAUUUGUUCGACAUAAGACAUUCAGGGACGAGAUGAGGAUACUAUUCAUCAGCUUUGCCAUCUUCUGUCUGUGGCUUCUACCAAUGGUGCAGGAGGAGGAUGCUGGGAAGACCUUGGACUAUCUGAACCUCGAUCCAAAUGUUGACAACACCUCACAGCCCCUUACCUACGAAAUAGGAAGGAGGGGGAAAGAAGGAAACCUUGGAGCUGCAAUGAAAGUCAAACACCUUUCCAAAGAUGUAUCCACCAAGCCUAAGACCUCCAGCUAUAGCUCUGUGGGCCCAUAUGGCUGGUCACAGAACCUCUCCCUCCCCUUGGAUCAGUCACAGUUUCGCUCCAAAUCCAAGCCCCCCAUAAAAACACCUAUCAAGGUCAAGAAGACCUUUGGGUGGGGCAACUUCUACCUCAACAUCAAAACCAUCAAGUUCAGCCUGCUGGUGACAGGUAAGAUAGUGGACCACAUCAAUGGCACCUUCAGUGUGUACUUCCGCCACAACUCGUCCCGUCUGGGGAAUAUCUCAGUGAGCAUCGUUCCUCCCUCCAAAGCCGUGGAAUGGGAGGAUGUGGGACGCCCGAAACUCCACUUCCAGAGUCAGCCGCAGUCCACCCCCAAUGAGCACCGGCAGGAGAUGAAGGCCCUCAACUGCGUGAUGGAGUACCAAAGGACCAACAGAGCCAAGAAAACAAAGCCAUGCCUCUACGAUCCCUCCCAGACCUGCUACUCAGAACACACCCAGUCUCACGCCGCUUGGAUCUGUGCCAAGCCCUUCAAGGUCAUCUGUGUAUUCAUCUUUUUUCUCAGCGCCGACUACAAACUGGCACAGAAGGUCUGUCCAGACUACAACUUCCAGGCUGAUCUCCAGCACUUUGGAAGACGAGGAUAGUGGAUGAACUAGGCGGGUUAUUAAAGCAUGUUUUCCUUCAUCUCCUAUAUCAUUGAAGAAAGGGGUUUGUUUUGAACAGGUCAUGAUGAACCUCUUGGGUGGCCCAACACAGACAUUCAGAUGGAGAGAUGCAGAGAUUUGCUUGGUAGAAUGGAAGUCGUCAGUACCGGGAUAAUAUUUUGAUAAUACACCACUGAAGGGUAGAAGAAUUACAGAAUAUCGAGUAGUGGUUGUUAUAGUAGUGGUAGUGGUUGUUAUAUUUGGGGUCAAAUAUUGAAUUGGUUGGAGUGAUGCUCCAUGUGCAUGGCAAAGCAGCUGGUAUUAGCACAACAAUAAUUCCUAUUUUUUACUACUGUAAUUAUGUUUGUGUAAGUUGUCUGCUUUUUUGUCACAUAUUGCCCAUCUGUGAUGGCCCUUACAUUAAACCUUUUCACUAUU